AUGCCCAAGCGGUGGCGCUUCAUUUUGAGUGACGUAAUCCCACUACUGGAACAGACGAAGCGGAAGAGAAAAUCAAGUGCGUUGAUUGUGUAACUGCGGACGUCGAUUCCAGGAACACCAAGAGCAGCGCCCGUUCAUUUCAACCCUGUUUACAUUGGACUCUCAAGUGAAAAACAGCACAUAACUGCCCGAACAUCGGGGGCCAUGGAGUUGCAUGGCAAAGAGGAACUCAAAGGACCCGUGUUGCAUAUCGUGGUAGUCGGAUUUCACCACAAGAAAGGCUGUCAGGUACGUCAAACUUGUGAGGCAUGCUAACUAGGUAGCCUGGGCAGUGGAGAUCCAUAAAGCACACUAGCGGCUGCCCAGGCAACUAAAUAGGCUCUUUGCGCCAGUUUUCUAUUAGCAGAAUGCACUGGAGAGUGGAGAGGUGCUCCUACUAGGAGGCUACACGACGUGUCAAGCGGAGCAUUGGGUAAUGGCUGGGGGUGUGAGUGAAUGAGCUAGCUUCCCCUUCAGAGAAAUUAGACAUUGAAGUCUCUUGCGUUCUAUAUCAUAUAUUAGUGUGAACAUACCACGUUUUGCCCACUAGAUGGCGAUGUUCCUGCUACUGCCACCGCACUAUUUUAUUCAUUUUGCUGGUCUCUUGUGUUUAUUAAAUGGAUCAUUGGACAUUUUCUUUGCAUCUUUGGGUAGAAAACCAAUAGCUUUUGCUCAUGAUGAAAAUAAAGUGUGUGGUCAUCCUCCAUAAUUCAAGCCAGUCCUCCAUGAAAGCUAGUCAGUUUGUCCUUCUCUUAGGCUUAAUUGUGUCCAGGAAACAGCACCUCUGUGUGUGGUUUAUUCCCUAAAAAAAAAAAAGUCUGGAUUAUUUAUACCGUUCCUGGCAAUUGGUGAACAAGCAAACCAUUAGGCUACAGCGGUUCUAAUGGUUUCAAUGUUGUGGUCUCUAUUGAUGGUAAAAGUCCCAAACACACACUGCAUAGUGUUUUGCAAUGGUAUGGUAUUGGGUUGGGUUUAAUGGUAAAUGUCACUAAUCACACUACAUACGACUGCCGUGCAAUGGUUUAUAAGUGUAUAAUUUGAGUAGUCGCUCUGGAUAAGAGCGUCUGCUAAAUGACGUAAAUGUACAUCAGGGUUGUCACAACAUUUUAGUCACUAAGCCCAUUUCUCCAUCAAGGUUUUGAGCUUGUAGGAAAAGUCUCAAUAUGAGUCUUAAUUUCUCAGAGAUGAAAUUAUAUUUCAAGAAAAUAAUGUUUCAGGAAUGCUAAUCUUAUCUGUUUUCAAACUACAUAAAUGAUUUCAGAACUAUCUGAGAUGGUGGGGUGACGAAAUCCUCUUUUGUCGUGCUUUUUGAAGUGGAAUGACUCUGUUGUUCUGUUCAAACCCACCAGUUGGUUGACAGACAAACACUACUGCCUGGAAGUCAUUGAUCACUUGUUUAUAAAAGAGCACAGAUGGGGCAGGCCAGCAGGGUAUUCUUUGCUCAGCGUCUUUGUUGCAUAACACAGUUGUAAACAAUUAGGGGACCAACUCGUUGGUUUACCUGGAAUUAUUGUAAGUGCAUGGUCAUGCUAUAUUGUGAAGAACUGCAAUCAAUGUCAAGUACUGAAAUGCUAUAAUAAGUAUUAAUGUGCUCUUGACCAGAGGUUUUAUUUCAGCCUGCCUAUACUCCCUCAGCCCUGUGACUGUUAAAGAACGUAUCAUCGAAAGAGAUCUAUACGCGCAGUCACUGCCUGCAAUGUCGUUGUCACUGUGAUUUUUUUUUGGUUUCAGGGAUUAGCCUAAAGUUUAGUGAGUCGUUGACAAAUGAAUGAGAGCUUGACAGACACGAUGGACUAGAAAGUUCACAAAAAGGGUAGUGUUUACGCCUGGUAAUUAACCCAGUGAAAGGCUGUGUGGGUGUGGGUGUGUGUGUGUGUGUGUGUGUUUCCAUGCAGAAAGAGUCCACCUGCUCCUUCAGUCAGGAAAUGAACAGGGACAAGAUAAUUAUUAUUGCAAUAAACUGGAGAUGUUAUCUACAGAGCUUCUGAAGAGGACAGUAGUCCUGGGGAGAUUCACCGCACAUGUUUUCAACAAACACAAUUUUCCCAAAGGCCUUGUAUGUUCACACACAUGAGCCUUUAUAAACAGCAGGUCUUAGGCUAGGGCUUUUUCUGCUUCCACAACCACAGACUGGACUAAUUAUUAUUCUUCAAUUCCAUUUGUAUUAGGCUCUGCUAGUUUCUAUUCCUAAAACUAUGUCUUAAGUCAUUUCUAAGUACCCUUCCCUUCAUGACCCAUAGAGCCAGCAUUCCGUGCCAAGCGUAGGCCGAAAAUAUUUUUGGUAUCUCAGAUUGUUCUGGAAAUUCUCACCUAGGAACUUCAUUGGGAGGAAGGAUGUUUGACAUGCUUUUUACAUUUGUAUCACACAUUUUGUUAAUGUUGAAUAUCAUGAUGAAAGUGGCCAUUUAAGGCCCUUUUUAGACCUAUACAUGCAUUUACAUUUACAUUUACGUCAUUUAGCAGAUGCUCUUAUCCAGAGCGACUUACAAAUUGGUGCAUUCACCUUAUAGCCAGUGGGAUAACCACUUUACAAACAUGCCUCCUGUAAGAUCCUAUGAUCUGUGAAACAUCUUGAUGUCAUUAUACUUCUCAUAGUGUGCUCUAACAUAUGGAGUAUGUCUAAAUUCUAAAAUGCAAUUUUUCACAUUCAUUUAUUAAACAUUAAGCAUAUUAAUAUGAAUAUCUCAAAAUAACCCUUUUUGAUUUAGUUCAUUUUAAGACAUUGAUUGGAACAAUAUAGACUAAUCUACAAGUACAUUGAAUUUCCAGAGUGUGCUCUGCUAAUUCUGAAGGUAUGAUACAUUUUUAUGAGCACCACCAACACAGUGAAUGGGAAAAUGGAUUCAAAGGGAACUCCCUCUGCUGGUGAUUUGCUGAAUGUGCAAUCCUAAAGGAGAGCUGUGAUUGGUUAAUUACCUAUAAUGUUAAUUUCUAUGUAUAAAAUAGGUCAUAUCAUAAAAAGUACCAGAGCACCCACUCUGGAUAUUGGAUGUGUUUGAAGAGUAGCACCUAUAUUGUUACAAACAAUAUGUCUAAAAUUAAGCAAAAUCAAAAACGGUACUUUUGAGAUAUUAAUAUUUUUUAUGUUGAAUAAAUGAAUGUGCAUUUUUUACAUCUGGAUAUACUCCAUAUGAUAGAGCACACUAUGAGGAAUAUAAUGACAACAAGAUGUUGCAUGUAUCAUGUACGGUUUACAGGAAGCAUGAAGGCCUAUAGGUCUACAAAUGGCCUAAAAAUGCCCACUUUCAUUAUGGUUUUCUCAAAUGGUUUGUCAUACAAAUGUAAAAACCAUGUCAAACAUUCUUCCUACCAUGAAGUUUACUAUGUGUGAGAAUUGCCAGAACAAUCCGAGAUACCAAAAAUAUUUUCAUCCUAUGCUGCCGUGGAAUCGGCCUAAUACAGCGGUUCCAAAAACUAGGGGCCGCCUGAUAUGAAAAUGGGGUCGCGGGAGAACUUCCUAAAGCCUCGUAAAAAAAAAAUAUAUAUAUAUACACACAGUAUCAGUCAAAAGUUUGGACACACCUACUCAUUCCAGGGUUUUUCUUUAUUUUUACUAUUUUCUACAUUGUAGAAUAACAGUGAAGAUAUCAAAACUAUGAAAUAACACAUAUGGAAUCAUGUAGUAACCAAAAAAGUGUUAAACAAGUCAAAAUAUAUUUGAGAUUCGUCAAAGUAGGCACCCUUUGCCUUGAUGACAGCUAUGCACACGCUUGGCAUUCUCUCAACCAGCUUCAUGAGGUAGUCACCUGGAAUGCAUUUCAAUUAACAGGUGUGCCUUGUUAAAAGUUAAUUUGUGGAAUUUCUUUCCUUCUUAAUGCGUUUGAGACAAUCAGUUGUGCUGUGACAAGGUAGGGGUGGUAUACAGAAGAUAGCCCUAUUUGGUAAAAGACCAAGUCCAUAUCAUGGCAAGAACAGCUCCAAUAAGCAAAGAGAAUUGACAGUCCAUCAAGACAUGAAGGUCAGUCAAUGCAGAACAUUUCAAGAACUUUGAAAGUAUCUUCAAGUGCAGUCGCAAAAACCAUCAAGCGCUAUGAUGAAACUGGCUCUCAUGAGGACCGCCGCAGGAAAGGAAGACCCAGAGUUACCUCUGCUGCAGAGGAUAAGUUCAUUAGAGUUACCAGCCUCAGAAAUUGCAGCCCAAAUAAGUACUUCACAGAGUUCAAGUAACAGACACAUCUCAACAUCAACUGUUCAGAGGAGACUGCGUGAAUCAGGCCUUCAUGGUCGAAUUGCUGCAAUGAAACCACUACUAAAGGAUUCCAAUAAGAAGAAGAGACUUGCUUGGGCCAAGAAACACGAGCAAUGGACAUCAGACCGGUGGAAAUGUGUCCUUUGGUCUGAUAAGUCCAAAUUUGAGAUUUUUGGUUCUAACCGCUGUGUCUUUGUGAGACGUGGUGUGGGUGAACGGAUGAUCUCCGCAUGUGUGGUUCCCACCGUGAAGCAUGUCAAGUGUUGGUCCCAUGCUUCAUGAGCUGAAAUAAAAGAUUCCAGACAUUUUCUAUACGCACAAAAAAUGUAUUUCUCUCAAAUUAUGUGCACAAAUUUGUUUACAUCCCUGUUAGUGAGCAUUUCUCAUUUGUCAAGAUAAUCCAUCCACCUGACAGGUGUGGCAUAUCAAGAAGCUGAUUAAACAGCACGAUCAUUACACAGGUGCAUGUUGUGCUGGGGAAAUAAAAGGCCACUCUAAAAUGUGCAGUUUUGUCACACAACACAAUGUCACAGAUGUCUCAUGUUUUGAGGGAGUGUGCAAUUGACAUGCUGACCGCAGGAAUGUCCACCAGAGCUGUUGCCAGGGAAUUCAAUGUUAAUUUCUCUACCAUAAGCCGCCUCCAACGUCGUUUUAGAGAAUUUAUCAGUACGUCCAACCGGCCUAUUGUUGCAAUGUAUUCUCCCAUAUCUGGGCUGCAUGCCAAAAUACACCCUAUUCCCCAUGUAGUCCUUAGCAUUGGUCAAAAGCAGUGCACUACAUAGGGAAUAGGGUGCCAAUACGGACGCAUACCCAGUUAUGUUAUUGCCUUUGAUGAACCGCAAAAAUAUUGUUUGUUCUAGCCUACAGUUUUCACAAAUCAAUCUUGCACCAAUGGAAUGUAUUUCGCUAAUGUAGCCUGUCAGUAAAUAAUUGUUAACAAACGAUGUUUGGCUUUUCUCCUUCAGUGGCAGGCGUCUUGUUUAACUAGGUUGUGAACAGCUGACUACAAUACAGGACCUUGAACAUGUUCAGUUAUCCAGAGGCUGCUGUGACUCAUAGUCACAUGAUGAUCAGACCAGAGUGAAUAGCCCUCUUCAUAUGUGCUGCUGUUAUGCAUGUUGUCCUGACUGUACACUCCCUCAUGUUCUCCUGACUGUGUGAUCUCUUAUUUUCUCUAAUUUAAAGCCCCAGGAAUAAAAUAAAAUAUGAAAUAAGGACUAGCUGAAUAAAGACCGACUUGGUUUUAGUUGAGUCAAUUUAGCUACUCCCUGCUAAGUCAAUCUGAUCCACGCCUAAGAUAGAUAGCAUUUUAGUUGUGUGUAUGUGUGUGUGGGUUAGCAGGAUGGGUAGUGGGUAGUGGUUUCUAGGUGCUGACAUCUGCAGUGUUUUCUCAGGUGGAAUACUCCUACCCUCCCCUCAUCCCUGAUGAGGGCCAUGACAGCAACAACCUGCCAGAGGAGUGGAAGUACCUGCCUUUCCUUGCCCUGCCUGACGGGGCACACAACUACCAAGAAGGUACAUAAAACCCUGACCCCUGACCUUUACCCUGACAUUAACCUUAACCCUGCCUGACGGGGCACACAACUACCAAGAAGGUACAUAAAACCCUGACCCCUGACCUUUACCCUGACAUUAACCUUAACCCUGCCUGACGGGGCACACAACUACCAAGAAGGUACAUAAAACCCUGACCCCUGACCUUUACCCUGACAUUAACCUUAACCCUGCCUGACGGGGCACACAACUACCAAGAAGGUACAUAGAGUCUGCAUGCCAAAUGGCACACUAUUUCCUUUAUAGUGCACUACCUUUGACCGGGGCCCAGAGGGUGCAAUUUGGGACACAUCCAGACACUUCCUAUUUUUUUCUCUCUCUUCUCUCUCAUCUCUCCCCAUCUCUCUCCCAUCUCUCUCCCAUCUCCCAUCUCUCUCCCAUCUCUCUCAUCUCUCCCAUAUGUUACUACACUGCUCCUGAUAGUUUCAAUAAUGCGUCUACUGCCACAUUCCCCCCUCUCUUCGCCCCUGUGAGACGUCUCAGACACCUUUCCUGGUCAAAUAAAUUAAGUACAUUUAAAAAAAGAAAAAGAAGAUCUCUGCUGAUGAUGAGUCAUCAUUACCUCUGUGGAAAAAUGUACUACUUCUCUUUGUCAUCAUGUUUGGCGCUACUGACCUGGUCCUGUUGUUGAGCUGUAGAUAGGGAGGGAGUGGACUCGAUUCACAGUGUUAUUUUGGAACACACCCAUUUCCUUUCAAGUGGAUAUGUAACAGAUAGGCCUAGUAAGAUGAGAAAGCUGAAGAAUAUUAUAGAUUAAAAGUAUUGUGUUUUAUACAUGUGUACAGUGGGGAAAAAAAGUAUUUAGUCAGCCACCAAUUGUGCAAGUUCUCCCACUUAAAAAGAUGAGAGAGGCCUGUAAUUUUCAUCAUAGGUACACGUCAACUAUGACAGACAAAAUGAGAAAAAAAAAUCCAGAAAAUCACAUUGUAGGAUUUUUAAUGAAUUUAUUGGCAUAUGAUGGUGGAAAAUAAGUAUUUGGUCAAUAACAAAAGUUUCUCAAUACUUUGUUAUAUACCCUUUGUUGGCAAUGACACAGGUCAAACGUUUUCUGUAAGUCUUCACAAGGUUUUCACACACUGUUGCUGGUAUUUUGGACCAUUCCUCCAUGCAGAUCUCCUCUAGAGCAGUGAUGUUUUGGGGCUGUCGCUGGGCAACACAGACUUUCAACUCCCUCCAAAGAUUUUCUAUGGGGUUGAGAUCUGGAGACUGGCUAGGCCACUCCAGGACCUUGAAAUGCUUCUUACGAAGCCACUCCUUCGUUGCCCGGGCGGUGUGUUUGGGAUCAUUGUCAUGCUGAAAGACCCAGCCACGUUUCAUCUUCAAUGCCCUUGCUGAUGGAAGGAGGGUUUCACUCAAAAUCUCACGAUACAUGGCCCCAUUCAUUCUUUCCUUUACACGGAUCAGUCGUCCUGGUCCCUUUGCAGAAAAACAGCCCCAAAGCAUGAUGUUUCCAACCCCAUGCUUCACAGUAGGUAUGGUGUUCUUUGGAUGCAACUCAGCAUUCUUUGUCCUCCAAACAUGACGAGUUGAGUUUUUACCAAAAAGUUAUAUUUUGGUUUCAUCUGACCAUAUGACAUUCUCCCAAUCCUCUUCUGGAUCAUCCAAAUGCACUUCAGACGGGCCUGGACAUGUACUGGCUUAAGCAGGGGGACACGUCUGCACUGCAGGAUUUGAGUCCCUGGCGGCGUAGUGUGUUACUGAUGGUUGGCUUUGUUACUUUGGUCCCAGCUCUCUGCAGGUCAUUCACUAGGUCCCCCCGUGUGGUUCUGGGAUUUUUGCUCACCGUUCUUGUGAUCAUUUUGACCCCACGGGGUGAGAUCUUGCGUGGAGCCCCAGAUCGAGGGAGAUUAUCAGUGGUCUUGUAUGUCUUCCAUUUCCUAAUAAUUGCUCCCACAGUUGAUUUCUUCAAACCAAGCUGCUUACCUAUUGCAGAUUCAGUCUUCCCAGCCUGGUGCAGGUCUACAAUUUUGUUUUUGGUGUCCUUUGACAGCUCUUUGGUCUUGGCCAUUGUGAAGUUUGGAGUGUGACUGUUUGAGGUUGUGGACAGGUGUCUUUUAUACUGAUAACAAGUUCAAACAGGUGCCAUUAAUACAGGUAACGAGUGGAGGACAGAGGAGCCUCUUAAAGAAGAAGUUACAGGUCUGUGAGAGCCAGAAAUCUUGCUUGUUUGUAGGUGACCAAAUACUUAUUUUCCACCAUAAUUUGCAAAUAAAUUCAUUAAAAAUCCUACAAUGGGAUUUUCUGGAUUUUUUUUUCUCAAUUUGUCUGUCAUAGUUGACGUGUACCUAUGAUGAAAAUUACAGGCCUCUCUCAUCUUUUUAAGUGGGAGAACUUGCACAAUUGGUGGCUGACUAAAUACUUUUUUCCCCCACUGUAUUAAUAAAAAAGUAUUAGUCUAACUACACUGGUAUUUUUCAAUCUGGGUACAAGUCCUCACCGAUUCCAUAUUUCACACUGUAGGCCCUGUAGUGUCUGUGGGGGUUCACUGGCUGCUUGUUUGCCGGAUGCAUAAACCUCGGUGACGCAGUACAUUUUGAUUAGGGAGUGAUUCACUGCAGUGCAGUCGGGCUAUAAAAGCAACAACAACGUGAGACCGAGUCAUGCACGGGAUGGCAGAGUUCAUGGGAGCAGAGCAGAGCAGAGGGUAGUGCUGCUGAGGACGGGGAGCUCGUAGGCUUCUGCUGUGGCUCUUCAUAUGUCCUUGGCUGUGCUGUUGCUCUGGUCCAGGUCGUUACAUGCGGCUUGCUGACGCUAAAGGCUCAGGCUCAGCAAGCCGCAUGUAACGACCUGGACCAGAGCUAGCUGUACUGUACCAACCAGUCUGGCUGCCCUGGCCCGACCUGUCUGUCUACUAAAUGGCCUUGGUUGUAGCCACAGAGAUGUGUCCCUUGGUUGCAGUCACAGAGAUGUCCUUGGUUGCAGUCACAGAGAUGUCCUUGGUUGCAGUCACAGAGAUGUGUCCCUUGGUUGCAGUCACAGAGAUGUCCUUGGUUGCAGUCACAGAGAUGUCCUUGGUUGCAGUCACAGAGAUGUCCUUGGUUGCAGUCACAGAGAUGUCCUUGGUUGCAGUCACAGAGACGUGUCCUUGGUUGCAGUCACAGAGAUGUGUCCUUGGUUGCAGUCACAGAGAUGUCCUUGGUGGCAGUCACAGAGAUGUCCUUGGUUGCAGUCACAGAGGUGUGUCCUUGGUUGCAGUCACAGAGAUGUGUCCUUGGUUGCAGUCACAGAGAUGUGUCCUUGGUUGCAGUCUGUGUCACUGACUGUAGCCCUGAGAGAGAGGAUGCCUUAGAAAACCACUCAGUCGCUCACUGUCAACAUGGCCAUUGGCCUCCUGAUCCAAAUCCAACCCCACCUUCUCUGAUCAAAUUGAAUGACAUUUCCACAGCUCGUUGUAUUUGUCCACAUGAUCCAUUAUAGAUGCAGUCUACUGGAAACAAGGGGCCGCUUCCUCCUCUAUAAUGUUAUCAUCUUCCCUCUUCUUGUUGUUGUUGUUGGUACCAAAAACCUCAUUACGCCUCAAUCUCACCGACCAGCGUCGUUGCAUUAGCCUUACGUAACUGAAAUAACUGUCAAAUGCUUGGAAUCACAUGCUCAUUCUUCCAACUCAUCAGUUUAUUGAAGAAUGAUCAUGUGAUUCCAAGCAUUUGGCAGUUAUUUCAGUUACGUGAGGCUAAUGAUGUUUUAGUGCUAAUUACAACAACAGAGGGACGAUGAUGAGUUGUUUUCAGGCAUCUUUAGUUGCUACAACAACAGAUGCUCACUUUUUAAUAUGUAAUUCAUCAGCUAAUUGCGUUGUUGUUUGGCUAAUUAACUAACGAUCAUGUUCAUACAGAUCUCAGAUUAGAGAGAUGUAAUUCAGCUAGGCUUCACGUAACAGAUGUUGCAUGUAAUUACAUUUUUAACGUUUUGACGUUUUAGUCAUUUAGCAGACGCUCUUAUCUGGCGCGACUUAGUCAGUGCUUUCAUCUUAAGUUUAGUAAGGGGAAACCACCACAUAUUAUUUACAUUUACGUAAUUUAGCAGAUGCUCUUAUCCAGAGCGACUUACAAAUAGGUGCAUUCACCUUAUAGCCAGUGGGAUCACCACUUCACAAUGUUUUUUUUUUUGGGGUAAGGGGGGGGGUAGAAGGAUUACUUUAUCCUAUCCCAGGUAUUCCUUAAAGAGGUGGGGUUUCAAAUGUCUCCGGAAGGUGGUGAGUGACUCCGCUGUCCUGGCGUC